AUGGUGUUUCGAAAACUUUUAAUAUACAUUUCAAUCAUUUCUUUCGUCAACUCAUGCAUCCGGACUAUUCCUCCUGAAGAGGUGUACAUCAGUUCAACCGCCGCUAACCUCCCUACCGAGGAGCCUGGGACGCCGGGAACUGACGAACCGGUGACAGGAGAGCCCGUAACCGGUGAGCCCGUAACCGGAGAGCCCGUAACCGGAGAACCUACCUCAUUGUGCAAUACGUGUAAAAUUGAUGCAAUCAAGCCAACUUUAACAGACCCUGCAACCGUUUUCACACAAUCAGACGUGCCCGGAGAAUGCCUCACGACUGAUGUGAAGUGCGCAAGAACUGAUACACAGGUCUGCACAGACAUCAAAAUGACUGCAAAUGGAAUAGAAAUUGGAUCUGUUACCAACAAUAAAGAGGUGACGGCCACAUUGAAAUGUCGCGAAGACGGAAGCUAUUCAAGUGGUGAAGUAGUGGGAAUCACUCAAUUGGCUUGUAAUUUCAUGGGAUGUGCCGAGCCUACACCAUGCAGUAAAUGCAAUGUAGACGCAUUGGUUCCGCAAAUGGAGCCAGGAACUAGUUUGACUUAUAAGCAAGUUCUAUUUAUCAAAAGUGAAAAGAAGUUACACAACUCAGUUGCAAAUUCGAUGACUGCGCGGAUCCGACUCGUAAGUUUUGUGUACAUCUGUGCUCGCAUCUCAACAUUUUCAGCAUGCACCGCUUGCAAUUUUGCUGCUCUCACUCCACAGCCCGCUGAUAUUGGUGGCAAACUAGUAGCCACAGAGAGCAUAGAUCGGCACGGGUGCACCGAAGCCCAAGUGAUUUGUUUGAGAGAUGACAACAAAGUGUGCACAUCUGUACAAUUGAUAGCAAAUUUAGCGUCGGGGCCGAAGAUUCUUCGAGAAGGCACAAACACAGGCACAGUGCAGGAGACGGCGGUAUGUCGGAACAAUAUUGUGUACCCCUAUGGAUCACGAGUUCCACAACCUGGAAACGAAUAG